AUGGAGAGGAUGAGCGACGCAAAGAAUAGCAUCGAGAUGAAUGGGACGACGCGGGCGCAGUCCCUCGAGGAUGAGGAGCAACAACAGCAGCAGCACGAGCCCAUAGCCAAGCCAGGCACCGAGCCUGAAUCUGGCGGCGUUCAGGAGAAGAAAUACGUCGAAGUCUCGUUUGAUGAUGGCUACUUUCCAGAUCAGUUCAAGGACCCGCAAAAGAUGCCACCGGCGCGCUUCUACCUCGGCAUGGCCGUCAUUGCCUACAACGCCUUUAUUCUCUCCCUCUAUGCCAGUGCCUACCUCUAUGUGGCACCCUACGCCCAGGAAGAGUUCCACACGGGCGAGCAAGUGAGCCGCCUGCCCUUUGUUUUCUACGUCAUGGUCUGGGGUGUGGGCACUCUCUUCCUCGUGCCCCUUGCGGAUCUGUAUGGCCGGAAACCAAUCUUCAUCACUAGCUGUGCGCUCUGGGUCAUCUGGCAUAUCGGAGCGGCGAGGGCCAAUAACAUGGCCACGCUGACGGUCACGCGUGCUUUUGCCGGGCUCGUCGGCACAGCGACACUCGCCGUCGGAGGCUCAUACGCUGUCGAGGCGGCCCAGGGCCUCGUCGUGGCAAAGGGCAUCGUCAUCUACAGCUGCGGUGUCUUUCUGGGCCCCGCCAUUGGCCCCCUCAUUGGAGGCGCGGUUGCCAACUACGUGACCAACGAUAAUCAGGAAAAGGCCGGCUGGCGCUGGGUCUUUUACUCUGCCAUCAUCGCUGGCGUCAUCUCGGUUGUCCUCUUCAUCUUCGUCUAUCCGGAGACGAAUCGAUCGGUGCUGCUGCAGCGCAAGGCGCGCCUGAUCCGCAAGCAGUACCCACAUCUGGACGUCCGCCUGGGCUUUGAGCCACCAAAGUUCGGCGAAAAAGUCGUGUACAUUGCCACGACGGCGGGCAAGAUGAUCAUUACGGAGCCCAUUGUCAUCUUCAUCAGUCUGUGGCAGACGACGGUGCUCGGCGUCCUCUACCUCUUCUUUGAGGCCUUCCCAAUCGUCUACGGACCCAAGGACCUCUACUAUGCCAAUAGCGGGUACAACUUCAACGCGUUCCAGAUCGGUCUGGCAUUCUUGGGCAUUGGGCUGGGUAUCACACUCGGCGGCGUGUACGGCUUUACGCUCGACCUCAAGUUCUACGUCAAGAUGGUGAUGGCCCGCAGGGGCGCACGGCCACCCGAGCUGCGCGCCUACCUCGGCAUCGGCUCGUCGGUGCUGGCGACGGUGAGCCUUUUCUGGUUCGGCUUCACGACAUACAGCGAUUCGGUCCACUGGAUCGUCUCAAUCAUUGCCAGCGUCUUUUACGGCAUGAGUGUCAUGGGUGUGCUCCUCGUCACGAUUGGCUACACCGUCGACGCCUACGGGCCCAAGUCCGGCGCGGCCUUUGCGGCCGAAGCCCUCAUCCGGUCCUGCAUUACCGCAAUCCUGCCCCUGUUUGGCGACAAAAUGUUCCAGAACCUGGGGCCUCGCUAUGCGGUCCUCAUUCUCGCCCUCAUCAGCUUGGCCGAGAUUGCUAUUCCCGUCGUUGCGCUCCUGUACGGCAAGACGAUCCGUGGCUGGUCUAAUCUGGCCGUCAAGGGAUGA